AUGCCUCACGGCCGCAGAUCUGGCCGCGUCAAGGGCCCUAGAACAGUGUAUAAUCAGGAUCCCUUUGUAUCAGCUGGAUUAAGUGAUGAGUCAAGCUCUGAGGUGGCUGAGAAAGCGCCCCCCAAGAGGGCUAAGAAGGUGAAACGAGAAGAAUUCAUCUCCGACGAAGAAUUUGUUGCAGGCUCAGAUCCGGACGUCGCCGACGCAGAAGAUGACGAGGAUUUUGCAAAUGUGGAUGAGAACCAAGACGAUGCUGAACUUGGGGCUGACCAGGCCGAUGACGAUGUAAUGGAUGUGGAUGAAACCGGGGAAACACCCAAGAAAAAACGGCCCGCGCCUUCCAACCCGCCAAAAGAAAAGAUGCAAACGAGCUAUGGCGCCAUCACCUUAUCAACAGAUGAUACGCAUUUUCGGGGUAUCUUGGAUUCCCGAGAUCACGUUUCAAAAUUUCUGUCUUACACCUUGACUUAUGGUUCCGAUGAUCGAGACCUAGGUCUUGCCGUCCAUAUGAGAGGCCGAUGGCGUUGGGGAAGGGACUCUACGUUUCCAACUCGUGUUUCCUUGGAUACGGUUGAAGGGGAGUCCGAUUCAAUAUACGGUCCAACCUUGGGGGCUUCCCCAGAGGAUAUUGAAAAGGAACGAACAAUAGGCUGGAGCUGGUACUACGAUCAAGAGGUUGGCCAAAUGUUUCGAAAAAGACAACGACUCGACACGAAAAUUAAAAAGGACGAGGUACAUCGCCAUUAUCUACCGCGACCAAAGUCCAAAAAACAUACAGUCCUCAUGGGACCAUCAAAUGAUCAACGAGAAUUUCACCUUGGCUACCAUGACUGUGUUGAUUUCGGCCCGGCCUGGGGUGCUAGAGAGGCCCAAAAAAGCAACGGACCAGCGAAGACACGCGAGGGCUGGCUCAUCAACAUUGGGCAAAAGAUCCAAUGCAUGGCAUGGGCUCCUAACCAAGAUGGUGCAUCUCAGUAUCUAGCUGUGGCUGCACCAGUCACCGAUGAACAAAAGAAAAGCUACGAGACGCCUGAAAGUGAUCGGGUCUCCUCAUUCCUGCCAUCGCCGCCAUACCCCGGGACAAUUCAGCUGUGGGAAUUCAAAUCUAAAAAGGCGGGUACUCAAACGAAUACCAUUGACAUGACGUUUAAACCACAACUUCGACUCACGUUGUGUUCCGAGUGGGGAGAUUUGCGGCGUAUGGCCUGGUGUCCUAUGGGGCGAGAAAAGCGAGGCGACGUCGAUAAUGGCUUAACAGACAUAGGCCUACUAGCUGGAGUCUGGGGGGAUGGAAAGGUUCGGGUGUUGGAUAUAAAGCUACAGCAGGGCUCCAACACACCGAAAUACGGUGAGUAUCUUCGUUCUUCAGUAGUUGCCCUCGUGUGUUAUCCGAGUUCUGACGUGCCAGUAGCCAAACUCGAUUCUCCGGCAUUCGAGGCGAUUCCGUCCUCGACUAUUUGUACAUGCGUGACCUGGCUCUCACCCAGCGACAUUGUGGUAGGCUGUGGAAAUGGCUUUGUGGCCAUUUACAGUAUUCUCCCCUCCACCGCCUCAGAACCUCAGCCCUACUUCUAUUAUCCAAUUCACGCAACCUACAUUCUGAACAUCGCAUCCAUCUACCCAGCACACCCCCAACUUCUUUCAACAAUAUCAGUCGAUGGCGACACUCGGCUUUGGUCUAUUGUUGACCCUCAGAGCGAGAACACUAGUACGGUUCGAGUGCGAUUGGCUUCAUCUCACCUAAGCUUCUCCCCGGUCCUUCAGUCGGUCUGCUCCAGUGACGAAAACGAAUAUGGCCGAAUAAUGCCAAUUCGCCGGUUUUUUGCCACUUCCAACGCUGUGAAGAUCUUCAGCACCGUCUCGGCUUUCGCUCCAUGCAGUUGGUGGCAUGCCAGCCUCCUCUACGGCGGAACAGGAGGAGAGGUAUUGGCGACAAAUCCUCUCCGAAAAGUUCUACAUGCGAAGGAAACACAAUGGCAACAAAUAUGGUUUGUCCACGACUGGGCUGCGGGACCUGAAGUCAACGAUCCAGGCGCCAGCCGUUUCCACGAGGGAUUCAGUGCGGAAACACAGGGCACAAUGCGCAAUGGAGAACCCCGACCAAUGGGCUUGAGUCUCACUACGAUCCAUGAAGAAGGAACACACGUCACAGCGCUAGCAUGGAAUCCCAACCGUCUGUCUGCCGCCUGGGCCAGCGCCGCACUUGGUUGUGGCCUACUGCGGGUUGAAGAUCUUGCCAUGUAA